UAAACUACACCAAUAAUAAUAAUUAAUUAAAUCAAGACAUCGUGCCCCCAAAUUUUCUGAAUUUCGAUUUUCCGUUGUUCCAAUCUCAGAAACUGGAAGAGAAAAAUCAAGACUACAUUUGCCUUGAUGAAACCGAUCAUCUAGAACGUCGUCGUAUCAGGGAGUCUAUGGAUCUUGAUUCCCGUCAUAUCGAGGAUGGUCUCCCAGUACUGCAGUUGAGGAAAUGGGGUCCCUCUGAGUUUCCAUAUACCCCUUCUAGUUUUCGUGAGGGUUUUAUAUCUCCAACGAGAAAGUCGUUGUUGUUACUUUCUUAUGAUUCUGAGGCAUUAUGGUUUCCCCUAGUUAAAGGUCGAUGUAUAGGAGAUAAUGAUUCUGAACGUUUUUCUGAUGAAAUAGUUGCUGAUCCACUAGAAUCAAGUAAGCCUGGUAUAUCAGGGCCAAGGGAAAGUAUCUCUGGCUCUCCUGGCACUGCAGAUUUGGAUGGAAAGACUGGCUACACAUCGGGUUCAGGAGUUAGUAUUGAAGAAUCUACUGGUGCUUUUAUAUCUGAUGUAGAUUCAGUGGCAUGGGGUCUCUGCGGGGACACAUUUGAUCAGCAUGAGGGGGCUUCAUUCGAAGAGCUACUUUUUGUCUCUGGAAGACAAGGGGUAGUUGUACAUGCUUUUUCUAAGUUUGGUAAAUUUAGUGGAGUAAUAAAACCUGAGCAAGCAAGGGAUGUUGGGCAAGGGAAGUGGAUGGAGUGGGGCCCCUCGAGAACCUUAUCUCCAGAUAUUGAGGUUCAUGAAGAAGUAGAAUCUCAUGAUAAGACCACCAGGAAAAGGACCUCUAAUGCAGAAGCCCCAGAUAGGGAUGGUCGGUUAGCUAGUCCAAAGAUAUGGAUGCAAACGUUUUUGACUGAAGUUGAAAGCGUAACAUCUGGUGGUUACGUUUAUUCUAGGUACCCAAAGAUGCCAUUACUUCCGAAUGAUGUAGUUGUCUCUUUUAGGAUAUAUGACCAGGAAUCACCAUUCUCCGACCCCGUGUCUCUUGGUGAUACAUCACCAGGUAAUCAAACAAAUCCCAGCAUGCCAAUCAUGGGAUGCACUACCAAUAGAUCAGAUACAGAUCCUAGUUCACCUGCCACAUCACUUGCAGGGGAUAGUGUAUCUAGCUUGAAAAGUGGUGUCACUAAUGGUCCGUAUAAGUGCACCAAAGUUUUCUCUAACAAUUUGCAUCAGUUAGUUGGCUUUGCUCUAUCCAAUACUAGUUCUACAGCUGUUGAUACUGGCAAUUUAAAUGAUGGAAACUACACGAAAAAUCUGGUUUCAGUGGCCAGAACAGUGAACUGGGGAAUACAGUGGCUAUACUCAGCAAAGCUUGAUGAAAAACUUGAUACAGGUCCAUUUGAGUGGAUAGACUUCAGGUUUUCUGAUAGAUUUCUUAUUUGUCUCAGUACAUCUGGCACAAUCUCAUUGUAUGGUGCAAUGACUGGUGAGUAUAUAGCAUCUGUUGAUGUUUUUAGGAAAAAUGGACCUGGCUAUUCUUCAAGCUCUUGGCACUGUAUUGGUAGUCUUACCAUCAGAAGAAAGUUUAAAAGGCUCUUUGUAUUUCCUCAUUCCUUAUUGUUAGGUGUGAUGGAUGAAUCUGGUGUAAUCUAUGUCGUACCUACUGAUAACCAUGUACUUGAAGAACAAUUUUCAUUAGAAGACGUCCUCCCUUAUCAAUACUAUUCAGAUCUUGGACUUUUAAUGGGUUGGGAGGUAGGGGGUGCUGAGAUUGGAUACCAAAGGGUACUUUCUAAUACAUCAAAGGCUCAUGGUAUUAGUAGAUUAGCAGGUUAUGGUAGAUAUUCUCAUUUCAUUGGUAAAGAGAAUCUUAUAAACGAAAAUAGUCAUAUAAAGGAAUCAAAGGGUAACAAUGGCUCGUAUCUUAUGACCUUUUCUAAUGCAACCCAUAUGUUGAACGAGAAUAAGCUACUGCUUUCUGAUUUUCCAUCUUGCCUUAUAAGGAAAGCUUUUAUACCCCCUUUUGGAUGCAGUGAAGAUGAUGCUAUCUGUUGUUCUCAGUUUGGAGUUACUCGCCUUAUUAAGAGAUAUAGUUAUGAGAAGAGACGAUGUCAAGUUGUGCAUACCAAUCUACAAUUAGAUUUUGUUGUGAAUGAUGAUAUAAAUUAUGUCAUGCCUACUGGGGAGACCUCUUCUGAUGAAGCUGUUGGCUGCAAUUUCAAUGGGUGCUUAUAUUUGUUGACCAGAAGAGGUCUCUCGGUUGUUCUUCCCUCGAUUUCAACUACCCCAAAUUUCUUUCCUGUUGAGGCAAUUGGAUAUCAUAUACCAAAUUGUUCUAGUAGCAUAAUGUAUGGGGCAGGUGAUCUUAUGGGAACAGUUAGAACUAAAACACCCUUCUCACCAUGGAAAGUGGAGGUUUUGGAUCGAGUUCUUUUAUAUGAAGGCCUUGAAGUUGCAGAAAAGUUAUGCUUGGAAAAUGGCUGGGUAUUGGGGAUUUCUCGGAUCCGUCACUUGCAGUUGGCUUUGGCUUACCUUGAAUUUGAUGAAAUUGAGAACUCUCUGGAAGUGCUUAUGAGGGUUGAUAUGGCAGUGGAAGGGAUCUUGAGGUUGCUCCUUGCAGCUUUUUAUCUGAUGUUCAAUAAAGUAAGCAACGAUAGUGAGGUUUCUGCUGCAUCAAGGCUUCUAGCAUUGGCCACCAAUUAUGCAAUUAGGGUCAUACGUAAAUAUGGCCUAUUGCAUCAUAAGAAAGUGUCCGAGAAGCCAUUGGAGGUUAGAAGUAAUGAAGGCCCUUAUACUCUAUUGGAGUUGACAGAAAAAAAGCAUGAUGAAGAGGGAACUUCAAGAACCCUUGCUGAAGCAGCACGAUAUUUGGUGGUUAUUCGGAGUUUGCAGCAGCAGUUGAAUGAAAAAUUCAGACGACCAGGACAAGUAUUGACGGUUAAUGCUGGGUUGGUGAACACGGUUGGUACUGGUCGAUUGGAGGAUGAAUACAAGAAUCCAGCUGUUCUGGAAGAUACUUCAUCGCUGAUUAGAUCAGAUCAACGUGGAACUGGAACUGAAUUGAGUAAUGAAGAGAACCUUGCUCUGAUGCCUGUGGAUACAGUUGGUGCUGAUUUCCAAGAUUUUCAGAACUUUAAUAAGGCUAUCCUAGUUUCUGAAGGAAGCACAUAUGGAAAAAGAACUUCUAGAAUAGAGAAUCCAAAAGAUAUGAUAGCACGUUGGGAGCUUGAUAAUAUGGACAUUAAAACGGUUGUGAGUGAUGCAUUGCUUUCUGGCCGUCUUCCUCUAGCCGUGCUUAGCUUGCAUCUACAUCAUGUGAACAAUUUGUUACCGGACACAGAAACUCGUGAUACCUUUAAUGAUGUCCGGAUUGCUGGAAGAGCAAUUGCAUAUGAUUUAUUUGUAAAGGGUGAGAUUGGGCUUGGUACAACAACAUUGCAAAAGCUUGGGGAGGAUGUUGAAACAACCUUGAAACAGUUAGUUUUUGGAACUGUCAGAAGAUCUCUGCGGGUGCUAGUUGCAGAAGAGAUGAAAAGAUAUGCAUACCUUGGGCCACAGGAGUUAAAGAUAUUGGAAAUGUUAUCAUUAGUAGAGAGGGUGUAUCCUUGCAGUAGUUUCUUCAGUACACUAGCUACCAGGAGAAAGGGGCUUAAGAGAACAUCUAAUGAAGAACCACUUGGGGAGAUAAGUUUGCACUUAUUGCACCCACUAUUUGACAAUCCUGUCAUUUCAUGUGGAGAGAUUGAUGGAGUUGUUUUGGGUUCAUGGACGACCAUUGACAAACAUUCUAUCGCUGCUGAAGUAGAUGAUGACACCAGCCAUGCUGCUUAUUGGGCUGCUGCUGCAGCUUGGUCGGAUGCCUGGGAUCAAAGAGUUGUUGACCGUAUACUUCUGGACCAACCUCUUCUUAUGGGUGUUAAUGUCUUGUGGGAAUCUCAAGUUGAGUAUCAUGUAUGCCAUAAUGACUGGUUAGAAGUUUCAAAGCUACUAGAGGUAGUUCCACCAUAUGCACUCUCUCCUGGAAGCCUUAGCAUAAGCUUGGAUGAUAUACGUCCAGCUUCAUCCAUUGAGUAUGGUCAGGAGCCCCCUGAAUUCAACAAAUACUCAAGUUUCCUUGAAGACUUGGACACUGUAUGCAUGAAUGUGCAAAACAUCAGACUUUUCAGGUUUCCUACAAACAGGUCAUCUUCUGUGUGGUUAAGGAGGCUAAUGGAGCAGCAGCUUGCACACAAAUUAAUCUUUUUGGUGGAUUACUGGGACCGAGUAUCAGAUAUUGUACCUUUGCUGGCCCGGUCAGGUUUUAUGAGUGAUUUACAUGACACUUCUUUCCUGGAUGGAGCAAAUGAUGGUUCAUCUGAGUUACUAGUUAUUGGUGAUGCAUCUAUUGAUCCAGAUGCAAUGCAAUCUCUACAUAAAGUUGUUGUACAUUUCUGCUCCCAGUAUAACUUGCUAUACCUUCUGGACAUUUAUCUUGACACUCACAAACUGGCUAUUGACCAUAGUUCCCUUUCCUUUUUAUUGGAUGCAGCAGGUGAUAAUGAGUGGGUUAAGUGCUUGCUCUUAAUGAGGGUUAAAGGAAAAGAAUAUGAUGCAUCAUUUUCGAAUGCUCGUGCGGUUGCUGCUCUAAAUUCUGUUCCAGGUAAUAAACUUACUGUGGAGAUGGAUGACAUCAUCCAAGCUGUUGAUGACAUUGCAGAAGGAGCAGGGGAAAUGGCUGCUUUAGCCACAUUGAUGUUCGCUCCUGCUCCUCUACAAGAAUGCCUUAGUAGUGGCAGUGUAAAAAGACACUGUAGCUCUGCUCAAUGCACCUUGGAGAACCUUAGACCAGUCCUUCAUCGGUUCCCUACAUUAUGGAACACCCUUGUAGCAGCAUGUUUUGGUCAAGAUCCGACUUGCCGCAAUCUCAAGACAAAAAUGUCAGGAUAUUCUGAGUUGUUAGACUACUUGAACUGGAGAGAAGGUGUAUUUUUCUCUUCCCUACGAGAUACUUCAAUUCUUCAGAUGAUUCCAUGCUGGUUCCCUAAGGCUGUACGGAGAUUGAUUCAGCUCUAUGUGCAGGGCCCAGUUGGCUGGCAAUCAUUAGCUGAUUCAGAGACUGAAGAACUUUCUCUUCUAAGAGACAUCUAUUAUGUCGUAAAUUCAAGUGGUCAUGCUCAGAUUAGUGCCACAUCCUGGGAAGCUGUCAUCCAGAGACAUAUAGAAGAGGAACUCUAUUCAUCUUCUUUAGAGGGAGCUGAUGUUGGACUUGAACACCAUUUGCAUCGUGGGCGUGCAUUAGCUGCUUUAAACCAUCUCCUUUCAGCAAGGGUCCAUAAAUUGAAAUCUGAUAAUAAGGAUAGGGACCAACCUGAAUCUCUAUCAACUGGGCAAACGAAUAUACAAUCGGAUGUGCUGAUCCUUCUCUCACCAAUAACUGAGAGUGAAGAGUCUCUUCUUUCAUCUGUCAUACCCCUUGCUAUUCAGCAUUUUGAUGACUCUGCAUUGGUGGCUUCAUGCGCUUUUCUUUUGGAACUAUGUGGUUUAUCUGCUAGUACUCUCCGAAUGGAUAUUGCUGCCCUGAAAAGAAUAUCUUCAUUCUACAAGUCUGCCGAGAACAAUCAGCAUAUGCAACUAUCACCUAGGAGCCCUGCUUUUCUUCAGCCGCCUGUUGAAGUAGACGUAACAGAAUCUAUAGCUAGAGCACUGGCAGAUGAUUAUCUUCAUAAAUAUUCUAGUAGCAUAAUGCAGAAAGGUGACCGAAACAAUAGUGUUUUGAAUCAACCGUCACGAGCUUUAUUGCUUGUUCUUCAGCACUUGGAAAAGGCAAGUCUUCCAUUGCCAUCCAAUAGCAUGACCUGUGGGUCUUGGUUGUCAAGUGGAAAUGGAGAUGGAGCUGAGCUAAGGUCUCAACAGAAAGCCACAAGCCAGCACUGGCAAUUGGUCACAGCCUUUUGUCAGAUGCAUAACAUUCCUUUAAGCACUAAAUAUCUUGCUGUAUUAGCAAGGGACAACGACUGGGUUGGCUUUUUGUCCGAAGUUCAAAUUGGGAAAUAUACUUUUGAAACAGUAAUGCAACUGGCAUCAAAGGAGUUCAGUGACCCCUGUUUAAAAUCUCACAUUACAACAGUCUUGCGAAGCAUGCAGUCCAGGAAAAAAACUGCACCAAUGAAUAUGGAUACUGGAGAAAAGGACAAAAAUUAUCUGUCAAAUGAGAAUCUUUGCAUGCCUGUGGAAUUAUUUGGAAUUAUAGCGGGAUGUGAAAGAAAUGAAAGACCUGGAGAGGCUCUUCUAUUGAAAGCAAAGAACUUAAGCUGGUCGAUUCUGGCUAUGGUUGCUUCUUGCUUUCCUGAUGUCUCCCCAUUGUCCUGCCUGACAGUUUGGCUGGAAAUUACUGCAGCAAGGGAGACUUCCGCCAUUAAAGUUAAUGACAUUGCAUCUCAAAUUUCAAAAAAUGUUGGAGCUGCUGUUGAGGCUACCAACGCCCUUUCUCCUGGUGCUAGAACCAUAACAUUUCGUUAUAAUAGGAAAAACGCGAAGCGUAGGCGCCUUCAGGAACCUGUUCCACUGGAUUCUUUGACAUCAACAGAUUCUAUAAGUUCUAAAAGCUCCACUUUUUCUAAUACUCAUGGUUUUCUUCAUGAAGAGGGAAGUGAUAAAAUAGGUGAUGAAGAUGCCAAGUUUUGGACUGACUCUAAUAGCAUGGCUAACACUCUGUCAAGAAUGGUGGCUGUCCUCUGUGAGCAGCACCUGUUCCUUCCUCUGCUAAAAGCUUUUGAAAUAUUUCUACCGUCAUGCUCACUGUUACCUUUCAUCCGUGCUCUUCAGGCUUUCUCACACAUGCUCCUCUCAGAGGCUUCAGCACAUCUUGGAUUAUUUUCAACCAUAAUUAAGGAAGAGUCCCCUCUUGCACUACCUAAUUGGGAAAGAGAAGGGAAAGUUGGGAACUCGUGGACAACUUCCACUGCUGUCAAAGCUGCUGAUGCCAUCCUUUUAACUUGCCCAUCCCCAUACGAGAAAAGAUGCUUGCUAAGGCUCCUUGCUGCUACUGACUUUGGUGAUGGAGGGUCUAUUGCUGCACGAUAUGGCCAAUUGUCUUGGAAAAUAGAUAUGGCUGAACCCUCUAUGAGGGGUGAUGAAUGCCCCCUCCUUGGAAAUGAAACGUUUGAUGAUGCUUCACUUCUAUCUGCAUUGGAAAAGAAUGGGUAUUGGGAACAAGCACGCUGUUGGGCAAAUAAGUUAGAGGCCAGUGGUGAAUCACGUUGGAAAUCUGCAGCCAAUCAUGUAACUGAAAUGCAGGCUGAAGCCAUGGUUGCCGAGUGGAAGGAAUUUCUUUGGGAUAUCCCAGAAGAGAGGGUUGCUUUGUGGAGCCACUGCCAGACACUUUUCAUCAGAUAUUCCUUCCCAGCAUUGCAGGCUGGACAAUUCUUCUUAAAACAUGCUGAAGCUGUGGAAAAAGAUAUUUCAGCAAAAGAACUUCAUGAGAUUUUGCUACUUGCUCUGCAGUGGUUGAGUGGAAUGACAACUUUGUCAAACCCGGUUUAUCCACCACACCUUCUACGCGAAAUUGAAACUAGAGUGUGGCUCUUAGCUGUGGAAUCAGAAGCUCUGGUAAAGAAUGAAGGUGAUGAUUCAUUAAUUUCACCCGCCCGGGAGCCUGGAGCUGGCAAGAGUUCUGAUUUAAUGGACCGUACAGCAAGCAUUGUUGCAAAAAUGGAUAAUCAUAUGAAUGGACUUAGGCUCAAAUCUUCUGAGAGGAAUGAUAGAGAAAAUGGUCAGCCUCAUGUUAGGAUGACUCAAACUGGCGACGGCGGCUUAAAGACAAAAAGGAGAGCAAAAGGCUUUGCGUCAUCAAGAAAACCUUUGUUUGAUUCAGGAGACAAAAAGCAUGACUCUGAAUCUAUACCUCUCAACCCUAGAGAUGAGACACAUUUAGUUGAUGAAAGUUCAAAAAUUGAUGCCUCGUUAUCGAGGUGGGAGGAAAGAGUUGGACCUGCUGAGCUCAAUAGAGCUGUUCUUUCACUGUUGGACUUUGGACACAUAACAGCUGCUAGACAACUGCAGAAUAAACUUUCUCCAGACAACAUGCCAUCUGAAUUUUUUAUUGUCGAUGCGGCUUUGAAGCUUGCUGCUCAUUCAACUUCAAGCAUGAAAGUGUCAAUGCCAAUGCUGGACGAUGAUGUAUUCGCUGUUAUGAAGUCAUGCAAUCUUCUGACUGAGCAGCAAGUGAUUGAUCCCCUGCAGACCCUGGAGAGUUUCCCAAGUCUACUUAAGGAGGGUAGCGGACGUGGGAUAUGCAGAAGGAUAAUCUCUGUUGUGAAAGCUGCAAAUGUGCUUGGUUUAACAUUUUCAGAGGCAUUCGACAAACAGCCAAUAGAGCUGCUGCAAUUGCUAUCUCUCAAAGCGCAAGAGUCUUUUGAGGAAGCCCAUCUUUUAGUUCAAACACACUCAAUGCCAGCUGCUAGUAUUGCCCAAAUUCUCGCUGAAUCAUUUCUAAAGGGUCUAUUAGCAGCACACCGUGGGGGUUAUAUGGAUUUUCAGAAGGAUGAAGGACCUGCUCCACUGCUAUGGAGAAUUUCUGACUUCCUAAAAUGGGCUGAGCUUUGUCCUUCUGAUUCGGAAAUUGGCCAUGCUUUGAUGAGAUUAGUAAUCACAGGGCAAGAAAUACCCCACGCAUGCGAGGUUGAGCUUCUCAUUCUAUCCCAUCACUUCUAUAAGUUGUCAGCAUGCCUUGAUGGCGUUGAUGUGCUCGUAGCUCUUGCUGCAACCAGAGUAGAAGCUUAUGUCUGGGAGGGCGAUUUCUCGUGUCUUGCGCGCUUGAUAACAGGAGUUGGAAACUUCCAUGCUCUUAAUUUCAUACUUGGGAUACUAAUCGAGAAUGGCCAACUGGAUCUCCUCCUUCAAAAAUUUUCCGCAGCUGCUGAUGUCAACAGUGGAACUGCUGAGGCGGUUAGGGGUUUUCGAAUGGCUGUUCUGACAUCACUCAAGCAAUUUAACCCAAGUGAUCUCGAUGCAUUUGCCAUGGUCUAUAAUCACUUUGACAUGAAGCACGAAACCGCUGCACUUCUGGAGUUACGUGCAAAACAAUUAUCCCAGCAGUGGUUUCUUCGUUACGACAAGGAUCAAAACGAAGAGCUCCUUGAAUCCAUGCAUUAUUUCAUUGAGGCUGCAGAAGUGCACUCAUCUAUCGAUGCUGGCAACAAAACUCGCAAAUCUUGUGCUCAGGCAUCACUUGUGUCGCUGCAGAUACGAAUGCCAGACACAAAAUGGCUCAAUCUUUCCGAAACUAAUGCACGGAGAAUAUUAGUAGAACAGUCUCGGUUUCAAGAGGCCUUAAUAGUUGCUGAAGCUUACGGCCUCAACCAGCCGAGCGAGUGGGCUCUGGUUCUCUGGGAACAGAUGCUCAACCCCGAGCUCACCGAACAGUUUGUAGCUGAGUUUGUCGCUGUAUUACCUCUCCAGCCAUCAAUGCUAGUUGAACUUGCAAGAUUCUAUCGGUCCGAGAUGCAAGCCCGUGGAGACCAGUCCCAGUUCUCGGUGUGGCUCACCGGAGGAGGCCUGCCGGCAGAUUGGGCAAAGUAUCUUGGUAGAUCAUUCAGAUGCUUGCUGAGGAGGACAAGAGACAUCAGGUUAAAACAACAUCUUGCUGCGUCAGCCACUGGAUUUGAUGACAUAAUCGAAACAACCAACAGGGAACUGGACAAGGUCCCGGAAAAUGCAGGACCCCUUAUCCUGAGGAAAGGACAUGGAGGGGCGUACCUCCCUCUGAUGUAGCUUCCCUCCACGCGCAACGAGCAGUCACCCAUCUCCGUGCAUGGUAAGUACAAAUCAAUAACUGAGCCUAUUCAGGCGCUGUUCGAACACAUGAAGUUUAAAGGCUACUCGAGUGGUUCCAUUUCGAUUUCGGGGUUUUUUUUGCUCUGUGGUGUCAUAUAUUUGAAGUAGUUUAGAGCUGUGCAAAACGAUGCAGGUAGAUAGAGCUGAUGAGGAAAUUGUAUUUUUUUUUGACAUGUGGUUCUAUUGUAGGCAGCAAGUUGAUUCUUUUGAGAGUGAAGCAUCCAUGUUUUUUUUUGGCGACAUUGUAAAACGUGUACAAUAUGUAUAUAUCGUUCUAUGCAUAAUAAAAUGUUUUUAUUUUAUUA